AUGAAAAGGCUUUAUUCUUUAAAUUAUAAUCAAUUUAUUGUUCCUGCAACCAUCCAGAUUAACUCUGUUCCCCUUAAUUUUCUUGGCCUAAUUCCAAAGCCUAUUGUAUGUCUAUUGUCAGAGGAUGUCGUUGGUUUAGGCCUUAAUGAACGUGUAAUUGAACGUGUAGUUGAACGUGUAGUUGAUGAACGUGUAACUGAUGAAUGCGUAACUGAUGAAUGCGUAGCUGAUGUAGUUGGUAAACAUAUCGUUAAUAAUUGUGUACUUGUUAAUAUUGUAGUUGAAUUUGUCAGUGUUGGUUUUGGCUCUGGCAAUUCUGGUGAUUCUGGUGGUUUUGGUGCUGGUUCUGAUGGCGUCUCUGGUGCUGGUAGUGCUGGUGGUGUUUCUGGUUCCGAUGGUGUUUCUGGUGAUUCUGAUGGUUCUGAUGGUUCUGAUGGUUCUGAUGGUUCUGAUGGUUCUGAUGGUGCUGGUGGUGCUGGUGGUGCUGGUGGUGCUGGUGGUGCUGGUGGUGCUGGUGGUGCUGGUGGUGCUGGUGGUGCUGGUGGUGCUGGUGGUGCUGGUGGUGCUGGUGGUGCUGGUGGUGCUGGUGGUGCUGGUGGUUUUGGCGGUUCAAGUAAUUUGCAUACACUAGUAAAGUUAUGA